AUGCGGCCUCAUUUAGGGUCCCUUCCUCGCGCCGCACGCCUUCGCAUCCCGUCGAUCGUUCCUCCGUCCCGGGCAGCAUGCGGUGCUCGCAACUAUGCGCAAACAGCAGAUGCUGUGCGGACAAGAACAUUGCUCUCUGAGGCUCGCCGACCAUACCUCGUGGGACAGAAUCGUGGAUCGGUCUUGGAACAGAAGAGAUGGAUUACACAAAAAUAUGUCCGGAGGAUGCAAGACGCGGAGAAGGAAUGGGCAGGUUUUGCGGAGGAGAUCAAGGCAGGGAAGAGAAAAAACUUCGCACAACACCUUGAGGAAAGAGGUCUGCUUCAUGAUGUCGUUGGAGAACGAGAAAUUCUACACAAAUUAUUCACGAACAAGAGAGUCGGAUUGUACGCCGGUGUAGACCCAACCGCACCGUCUAUGCAUGUUGGCCAUAUGCUUCCCUUUAUGGUAUUGGCAUGGGGCUACGUUUGGGGAUUACCUGUCUAUUUUCUGCUCGGAGGUGCUACUUCCCGUGUAGGUGAUCCGACAGGAAGAUUAAAAGGAAGAGAUCAAGUACAUUCUUCUGUCCGGAAAGCGAAUAUGGCGAGCAUGCACAUGCAACUGAAGAAGCUGGGCGCAAGCAUCGAGGCGUAUGGCAAAAGACAUGGAUACGACAACAAAGUACACUGGAGACGAUCGUUGACCAACAAUAACACCUGGUGGAACAAACUGCCGUUCAUCGAAGUGCUUCGGGAUUUGGGUUCACACGUUCGACUUGGCCCUAUGCUGGGCAGAGAUACAGUCAAAACUCGUUUGGCGAAAGGCGACGGGAUGUCGUUUGCUGAAUUCUCCUAUCCUCUCAUGCAGGCAUGGGACUGGUGGGUUCUGUUUCAGAAGGGUGUUCAAGUCCAAGUAGGAGGUACUGAUCAGUACGGAAACAUUCUUUUUGGAAUGGAUGCCGUCAAGUCGAUCAGCAAGAAUAGCGUCAUGCAGGAAGAGCAGAAUCCCCUUGAAGAUGACUUGGACAAGCCUAUUGGACUUACUACACCCUUGCUGACAGCACCAUCUGGCGAGAAAUUCGGCAAAUCCGCCGGGAAUGCAGUCUGGCUUGACAAGGACAUGACAUCUACCUUCGAACUCUACCAGUUCUUCGUUCGGACCCCCGACGACGUUGUCGAGAGCUAUCUGAAAAUGUUCACCUUUGUGCCUUUGCCCGAAAUCGCAAAUAUCAUGGAGAAGCAGAACGAAGAUCCUUCCAAGCGCGUAGCUCAGCAUGCACUCGCUUUUGAAUUCGUCGAACUUAUCCACGGGAAGCAGGAGGCCGAUGCUGUGGCCCUCCAACACCGCCAGCUGUUCCGUUCACGAAAAUCCACUGCUGAACCGACACCGCUCCCCCGAAACUCGAGACCACCUGCUAGUCACGCAAAGUCCCCUACUUCAGGCUUUGAUAACCCCCAGUCCGGCAAUGAGUACGCCCCCCAAACCAAUUUCGCAAACAUGCAAACCCCCCAUGUGACUCUUCCUCGAUCUCUCGUCUUCAACCAGUCAUUUAACAAAGUUCUCUGGUCUGCGGGACUAGUCUCUUCUAAGAGCGAGGGACAUCGCAUUGUUUCAAACAAAGGUGCCUACGUCGGAAGUCGCCCGGGCGAUAGCGGACCCAUGUCGGACGAUUUGGCUUUCACGCCCAUCAAGACAUGGCCGGCUGAGAAGACACAGGAAUUCGUCAUCAACGACGACUUAAUUUUGCUGAAACUGGGCAAGUGGAAAUUCAAGAUGGUGAAGAUCAUUAGUGAUGAAGAAUUCAAACAACUCGGACUCACAGCCCCUGGUUGGGAGUCAGAGCCUGAAUCGACCCCGGAGUCUGGGGAGAAAGAAACUUCAGCAAAUUAA